AUGCCCAGGUCACUUAGAUCUGAAAUGUUAAAGAUGCUGCAUUCCAGUCAUCUGGGUGCGCAAAAAUGUCUCAGUAGAGCAAGGUCAAUAAUGUUUUGGCCGGGAAUUUCAAAUGAUAUAAUUGAAAUGGUAAAUCAAUGUCAGAUUUGUCUGGAAUACAGGUCAUCGCAACAGAAGGAGCCACUAAUCAGCUCUGAAAUCCCAGACUAUCCGUUUCAAAUUGCAGGGUGUGACUUGUUCUCAGAUUCUAGUCAAGAAUUUAAGGAGUUUUCAAAGUCAUGGGAUUUUGUACAUGUAAAAUGUAGUCCAUAUCAUAACCAAACAAAUGGUUUGGCUGAGGCAAUGGUUAAAGUUGCCAAACGUAUACUUAAAAAGGCAAAAGAUGAUAAUUCUGAUCCAAAAAUAGGAUUUUUAGAAUAUCGUUCUACUCCUCUCGCUGAUAUAGGAAAUUUCAGUCUAGCGCAGUUAGUCCAAUCACGACAACUUCGUUCUAUCCUUCCCACUGUAAGGGAAAACCUUAUUCCACGGGUACCGCACCCUGAUGUAGUCAAACAAAAAAUCACAGAAUCCAAGGUCAAAUCUAAGCAUUACUAUGAUAAAAAUGCUAAACCUCUGUCUCCCUUAAAUGUUGGAGAUUCCGCUAGAAUUCAACGUCUAGACAAGUCCUGGAGUCCCACUGUUGUAAUAAAAUUUCAUAGCGAUAGGUCCUAUAUUGUUGAAACAUAA